AUGAAGACAGAACACGCGACACAUAUCGAGAACAUUAAGAAAGUCGGCAAUGCCGGCCCUGCUCUAACAACGACAGGACGACAAGGGUACUCCGCCCAUUCGGAGGAGGAAUCUAGGUUUGACAAGCGAAUCAACCUAAAAAUGGACCUCACCGUGCUCCAAGGAAUCGACAAAUCCAAUAUUGGGAACGCGGCAACCUCUGAGACCUUCGUUCUCGCUCUUUGCGGCAACAUAUGUCCCCUUCAUGCCCCUUUCUGUCGCCAUAGGCCGCAUCGUGGGCCCCAGUCGCUGGAUCCCUUUGAUGCUCCUUGCCUGGGGGGCUGUCACAACCGCGCAGACCUCUACGGACUCCGCUUGCUCCUGGGCGCCUGCGAGGCUGGCUUCCUCCCCACGACCUUCUACUACAUUGGCACGGUUUACCCAGCUUACAUGGCCGGCCUCCGUAUGGGUUUAAUUUCCACCAGCUUUACCCUGUCUGGCGCGUUCUCCGCCCUCAUCGCGUACGGCAUUCUGCAGGUCCGGUCGUCCGCAUGGAAGGACUGGCAGCUGCUCUUUAUUAUCGAGGGCACUAUUACCAUGUUCGUUGGUGCAAUCGCCUUUCUCAUCCUGCCUCAUAAGCUCAGCACCGCGUGGCUCUUCACGCCCGAUGAACGUCGCCACGCGGCUCGUCGCAUGGAAUUGGACACGGCGGGCAUCGACAGAGCUACCGGUGCGAAUUCAGAGGAGAUGGACCACAGGAUCUCCUGGAAGAACAUCAAGACCGCCUUCAAGGACUGGCGCAAGCUUUUGAUUAUCCUCUGGACGACAUGUGCAACGGUCCCGGCCUAUGGGUUCGCCAUAUUUCUGCCACUCAUUGUAAAAGGCAUGGGCUACGAGGGCGUUCGUGCGAAUCUCAUGUCAGUCCCCCCAUUUAUGGCUGGUGCUGUAGCGCUCACUACCUUCGUAUACAUCUCCGACCGCUUCCACGAGCGUUCCUUGACGGCAGCGGCUGCCAUGCUCUUCUCCAUCAUCGGGUACAUUGCAUUGGUUGCCUGUGGGACCGGCAAGAAUAACAUCCGGUACGGGUUCCUGUUUGUGAUAAUGAUUGGAGCCGGAUCGGUGAAUCCCUUGACGGCAGCCUGGAUUAACGACAACACUCCGGACAAGGCGACACGGAACAUCCUCAUGGGGAUAUACGGUUGGAAUAAUGUGUCGGGUGUCAUUGCAGGCCAGAUCUACUCAUCCCAGUAUGGGCCCAGCUACUACACCAGCGUUUGCAUCACACUAGGCAUUGUGGCCUUUGGCAUGCUGGGGCUGGUGCCCUCGCGAGUGUUGUAUAUGUGGGAGAAUCGGCGCCGGAGGAGAAUCGUUGCCACCUGGACUGAGGAGGAUUUCGAACUGGAGCAAACCGACAUGACCAGGAAGGGCCAUGAAAAGAGGUUUUUCAUAUUUGGUUAUUAA